CUUUUAAUUCACAACUUUAAUCAACUACGUGUAUUCAAAAUCUCCUUUAGUUGAGUUGAUCAUCCUGGAAUUACGAAUUUCCAGGAUGACCUUCCACACAACAAAGUUGGGGGUUCUGACCGUGCUAGUUGUUACUGCCCUCCUACGACUCACUCCCGCUUCUGGGCGACAGUUCACCGCCAAAGAAAUUGCAGGAGUAUUUGCACAUGCGGCGAAAAACUACCCCAAAACCAUUGGAGAACCUCAAGGCACGUUCACUCUGAAACAGAUUUACGACAGUAAAAAGAAAGUGUCGAACUACUACAUGCAAAACGACGAGGGAGAUUAUGACACUAAAGAACCACCAGCGUUUACCAGGAAGAAAAGUGAUGUCGGAAUCAAGUGGUUGUACAUUAAAAAGUCAAAAGAUCGUCUGUACAGUUGGGAAAGACAAUCUAUUGUUGUUUUGAGAAGAGUCCCCAAAACAAAAGACCUCUACUCCGCCAUGAUAAUUCAUUUCAGGUUGCUCACGGGAAAUAAGAUUGUUUAUGAAUGGGACGAUUGGCGACCACGAGGUUACAUCCAAAAGACCUCCUGUCCGUGUCAACUGACGGACAAAUUCUACCGGUACUGCACCAACUGGACCUAUUGCGAUUACCAAUUCAACAUUUACGAACAAGCUGACGAUCAAGCGGGGUCGGAUGACCGACGUCGACGCGGAGCUGCACAGGCUGAACAAGCCGAUGAUGUGCGGAAUCGAAUGCCACCCGGUACGAAACAAACGAUGGGUCCUUUCUUCUGGGACCUUGUUGACGACGAGGUUGAGGCUGGUCAGUUGUACAUGCUGCUGAGGGAAGAGUUAAAGAAGGCCCCUUCUAAAGCCGUGUAUGAAGAUGAGAUUGGCACUGUCCCGUUCAGCGGAUAUGGCGACUGUCCGUACUGGGUGAAACCUGGAGAUUUUGACGAAGCGUCCAGUAGUAAAAGUCCUAUGCUUUUGCUACUAUUUCUGGCAAAGGCUGUGCGAAUGCAGUGCAUCUUACCGACUGAACAAGAUGUGGUGAAAGACUUGAUCUCUGAGAAGCUCAUGUACUGGGACCCCAAAAGAGGAGACGUGUUUUUCAACACCACACACAAGCUGACAACCUCCAUUAACAUUGAUGACACAGACUUGGACAAUGUUGAGCGAGCGUUGCACAUUGCUGCUUUCUCCAGAAUUUACAAUAUGUUGGACAAAUCAAUCAAGAAUGAAAAGGGUUCUGAUAAGAUUCGAGACGCUGUGUCUCCUCUUGGAAAAAAAAUUCAUCGCAACACUCGAAUGGUGGUCCUCAUGUCCAUCAAAAUUUACGAAAUGAUUCAAACCAGUUUAAAACAACACGCCGUAAAAUUGGUGAAGCGACUCGUUUCGAAUUUGAAGGAUUCCAUCAUGCUCAACAUUCAGAACUUCAUUGCUCUGGAGAAGAAGGACAGGUCCGCUUGUGAGAAGAACAAGGAUUGCGCAGAGAAAAUGAAGACGAUCAAGAAAGACCAAACCCAAAUUGUCUCUCUCAUCUACUUUUUUCUCUUCGGAUUUGACCCUACUACGAUAAAAGACAUAUUUGAUGACGAAGAAGGCGAAACAUUUGACAAGUGGGACACGCUGGUGAAGUACGGUCAGUUCUAUGAAUUUCACGUAAAAUUCUUGGAUCGUAUAGCCGGCCUGUACUUUGAAAAAAUAAAGGUUUAAUAUUCAUAUCGAUAUUAAACAACCUGGGAAAAAGUAGUCAGCAGUUGGGCGAUGAUGUGAUGCCCGACUCAUCAAAUUUAUUUAUUAACUUGAUCAU